AUGGCGAAGCUCGCAAUCCACAAAACACAUCAGAAUCUGGCAGAGGAUGACACCGAUACUCCAAUGUCUCUCAAACCAGAACCCGUUCAUAAGUUACACGCAUCCGAGCCUCUGCCGAUUGAUGAUGAUGUUAGUCGUGUAAGUGCAAUGCAAAAUGUUAUUACAAAUUACAGAAUUCCAUCUCGACGACCACAGAGUCGGCCCAGAACAACGCUAAAAUGGCCAAAGGUACAGUUCUCGUCCAAAAAUUCAUUUUAUCCAUUUCAAAACGGGACGAGCUCAAGGUAAAAAGUAUCCAACUGUUUGUGUUAACAAAUUUUCAGCCGGACGUAGAUGCAGACUUCAAGGAUAAUCUCAGACAAGCCGAGGAAGCCAUCAAGUGUGAAAUCUACCCAGAACUCAUCCCAGCAGGAAGUUCUGGAUCAUACUUUGUACGGAAUAAGGGCGGAGAAUUCCUAGCUGUAUUUAAACCCAAGGACGAAGAACCGUUUGCUUCCCUUAACCCCAAAUGGCCCAAAUUCUUCCAACGUAUCUUGUGUUUCUGCUGCUUUGGAAGGGCUUGUCUGAUACCAAACAAUGGAUAUCUAAGUGAAACGGGGGCUUCCUUGCUGGACGAUCGGCUCAAGGCAAGGGAAACCGCACAAAAUUUCUAAUAAACACUUUUUUUUCAGCUCGGCAUUGUCCCCAAAACCCGACUGGUGAAGCUCACAUCUCCCACUUUCAGUUAUAACAAGAGAUGUGGCCAAAAAAGAGAGAUUUCUCCAAAAGAAGGGAGCUAUCAGAUAUUUGUUCACGGUUAUCGACCAGCCACCGAAGUGUUCGCCGAAUGGAAUGACAAAGGAAUCUCUAAUGUCCUCACUGAUGCUGAACAACACGAAUUCACCGUAUAUUUUCAAAAACUGGUAGUUCUCGACUAUCUGAUCAGGAAUACGGACAGGCAUAUGGAUAAUUGGUUGAUCAAACACAUUCCCGGGAAGGAAUUGAAAAUCGCCGCAAUCGACAAUGGCCUCGCUUUCCCCGUUAAACAUCCGGAAACUGCCAGUCGCUUCCGACAAUUCCCGUUCGGGUGGAGUACGUUGACCUGGGCCAAGAAGGUCAGUUUUUGAUUAAUGAAAAAGUUCAAAUUAUAGAGUUUCCGAACAACAAGCUUUUUUAACUGUGUCGUAGAAUAAAAUCUGUGACACCGGUCAUGAUGACAAGGUGCAUCUUUAUGGAAUCUCGUAAAUUGGUCAUAAUGAUCGCGAAAUUUGACACAUUUUCUGGAAAUGCGGAUAAAGUUUGGAUUUUUUCAGAAAUGGGAGAAAGAAUUGACGGAUCAUUUCCUGUCGCUCCUCACUCCCAAGAAUGUCCAUUUCUUAUGCCAAGAUCUAAAGGCCCUCUUCAAACACGGCUCUUCAAAUUCCCAGUUGAUCAACAAUCAGUUGCGAGUAUUCAGAGGCCAAGUCUGGAAUCUGGUGGAUUCAAUGAGACAUAAUGAAUCUCCUUUUGAAUUAUCCAAGAGGACUCCAGUUCUCCUUGCCAGAAGGUAUCUGACCACCAUUCCUAAUACGAACAACUGGAGGGAUUGGUAUAAACUCAAGGAGAUGGAUUAUAGCAACAGAGCCUGUUGCUGA